GGUGUAAGGCAGGGGUGGAGGGGGAGGGACCAGGAGAGGCUGCACUAGUGGGAGUGGCUCCACCCUUCCCACCACAGAGCCAUGGGGAGCCAGGGUCCUGGUGGGCUGCCCCUGGUGCAGGCUCCCUACACAGUUCUGCUGCUGCCACUGGGGACAAGCCGCCAAGACCCAGGGGCCCAGAGCUUCUUCCUUUGGCUGCAAAGGAUGCAAGCUCUGGAGAGAGAACAGGAUGCCCUAUGGCAAGGGCUAGAGUUGCUAGAGCAUGGUCAGGCCUGGUUUGAAGACCGUCUAAGGGAGGCACAGCAACAGCAGCUGCAUCUGGGGGCCCUUGGUGAGAAUUUUCUAACAGAUUUACACCCAGAUCCUGGCGGUCCCCAGUUAGCCCAGAUUCAAAAGGUGAACAUCUGUUUGCAGAAUCUGAUUCAGGGGAAGUUCUCCCCAUGUCUAUUGUACAAGACUAGUUCCUUUGCUCCCCAGGAUUGGAAGGAAAGGCCAUGGAAGCAGAACUUAUGGCAGCAACAGGAGUUCUCAAGGCAGCAGAAAGGAGUCACCCACCCAAAAGGGAAGAAGGCUCAACUGAGAUGCCCCAAGGGACGAAAGGGCCCUACCCUUGUCUGAACCCUCCUUUCACUCUCCUUAGUCCUGGUGAAGGAGGACACUGAGUCAAAUCCCCAGCCUCCUUAUUC